AUGAGAACAAUCAUAUUGCUUGUGGGUUUGGCCGCUCUUACUUUCUCGGAUCUUAUUCCCACUUACGAUUUAUCCCAGGAUGCGAUUGAUUAUAUAUCGUAUCGCUCAAAACCUGCACCACCGAGCCAGUUAACAUAUACACUAUCUUCAGUAAAAAUACUAUUUAUAGAAGUCAAUAAUUUCAGGCAGCGAUAUCCAGGUGUGAAACAAUUCCGUGGAAUGGAUGUCAAUGCUCGUACACAGUUCUACCAAUGCCUCGGUACGUCGUACUAUGCUUGCAUGAAUCUUUUCAACAUCCUCGAUACCUCCGAUCCCGAUUUUAUAAAUGCUUUUGACUAUACUCGCACAUACAUGGGGUUGGAGUUCAUGUGUAAUGCCGGAUUUGAAGAAGUAGUUACUCAGUGGUCAUGCCUUCAUGGCAUCCAAACAACAUCAGCCUAUAAUACCUGCAUGAACAACUUCACUUACAACACAGUACCGACGAAUUUCUGCAGCAUGGUAGACACAACCGGAAAGUGCCUGAACAACGUUUAUCUAAACGCCUGCAAGGAUAAUGGGGCUGGCUGGUUUGGUUGCGAAAAUUUCCGCUUCACAUUCGAUCAGACAUGCUGGGGUCUCCGUUGCACAGUCGGAAUGAACUACUGA